AUGGCGUUGACACGUGAUGAACGUAGUGACAGUGAAAUUUCAGACGCCGAAGAGAGUCAGGAAGAGCUCUAUUCCUCAUUCUCGCACUCACCUCGCUCCCGGCACACUUGUCGUUCACACCAUACCGGGUGUUCAUCUCAUCUCGGUCGUGUGGGCAGCCGAAAAUCACCAGAAUUACGAUCCACAUUCACCAUUGGUGGUCCUGAUGACGAUGGUCUCUCUGACUCUGAUGACAAUGAUGAUGACCUUCAUGGGGGCAGAUGCUGUCUUGCUUCUGUAAAGAGGCAACAUUUCAAGGAGGCGUAUGCACACGCAGAUACUGACAUGCACAUGCAACCGACAAAAUCGACAACCGUCCCGAAGGGUCUCGUGAAUGGGUCUGCACCAGAAAGUCAAGCCUAUCAACGUUCACGCAUAACUUAA